AUGGUGCGUUUUACGGCAGCGGAUUACGCGGAUAUGGUGGUCGUGUAUGGUGUUGCGGGGGGAAAGGGGGCAGAAGCUGCCCGAAUUUAUGCGGAGCAGUUUCCGAAUCGUGUGGUUCCUGAUCCACGUACGUUUAGGGAUGCGUUUCAACGGCUGAGGGAGGGUAACGUCCUCCCAAGGCACGGCGAAGGGCGCCCAAGACGUGCGGAUGGCGUGCACCUGGAAGAGGCGAUUCUCCAGAGCGUCGAGGAGUCUCCAGAGUUGUCCGUCCGGGGAAUUACGUCCUCGCUACGUACCGCCCGUUCCACGGUUCACCGUGUGAUGAGGGUUGAGGGUCUGCAUCCCUGGAAAUUUACCCCAGUCCAGGAGCUGAAGCCAGAGUAUUUGCCGAAGUGUGUGGAUUUCUGCCAAUGGCUCCUUGACAGAAGUCGCGAUCCAGAGUUCAUACGCAACGUUUGCUGGACUGAUGAGAAGCUUUCCGUGAGAAAGGGGAUCAUCAAUCAGCACAAUGAGCAUCAUUGGGCUUUUGUAAAUCCCGGUCUCGCGAAAGAAACGAAUUUCCAGUAUCGUUGGGACAGUAUGAACAUCUGGGGAGGGAUCAUUGGUGAUGAAGUCCACAUUUAUCACCUUCCAGGACGUCUCGACGGUGGCAACUACUUGGGAUUUUUACAAGAUCGCCUUGUAACUGUCAUCGGUGACGGUCCUGCGGAGAGAGCUCACGAUGGAGCUCCAGCACAUACGUGUGUCGCCGUCGUCGACCAGCUGAACGAGUGGUUCCCGGAUCGCUGGAUCGGGAACAGGAGCGACCGGGACAGGGGUGGACAUCGCCAACCACCUGUAGCGUGGCCUCCGCGGUCUCCAGAUCUAACUCCGCUGGAUUUUUUCUUGUGGGGUACUCUGGAGUCACGGAUAUACGCUCAUCAUCCAGCGAAUCAGGAGGAGAUGGUCGCAUUGCUGCACGCUGCAGUUGCAACCAUCACACCUGAAGAGCUGGAACGCAUGAGGAGGAACCUCCUGAAGAGAGCCAGGCUGUGCAUUGAUGCAGGUGGAGGACUCGUGGAGAACCUGCUUUAG